AUGAUUUUAUUUGAAGCAAUAAAUUCUGUUACAAAUUAUUUAAAAUAUGGAUCCGAUUUUAAAGAGAGAUAAAUUUUUAAUAAGGACUGGACAAUAAUAGAAGGAAGAGAAAGUUACAGGAUUUCAAAUUUAUUGUUAUUCUAAAAAGCAACUUUUAGUAUUUAAAUUACUGAAGAAGGAACUGUUAUUUAUUAAAAGGAUGGCUCUAUUCUUUUUAUGUAACUAUUAAACUAUAAUUUAGAGAUUACAAGGAUACUCUAAAUUAAACCAAAAAUUUAGAGUAAAUUAAAUAUUUAAGAUGGCAUGGUUAGUAUAAUAAUCUGUAAUAAAAAAUUGGAAAAUGGUAUGCUUUAUGGAAAGGUGAAAAUUUAGAAGCAGGAGGAUAUUAUUGCGAUUAAGGAUUAAAAACAGGUGAAUGGAUUGAACUUUUUGAAAAUUUUUGGGAGUAAUCUUAUCUAAAUUAAUAUAGCAAAUCAUAAGUAACUUUUAGAGGAUAAUAUUUUGAUGAUAUUAAACAAGGAAAAUGGUAAACAUAUUAUUUAGAUUAAAAAUUAAAAUAAAUCACCAAUAUGUAAGAAUGUAAAAUUAAAUCUUUAUAAGUGGUGGAGGCUAUUAUAAUUAAGUGGCUAUUAAAUAAGGGUAUUGGAUAGAGUUACAUAAGAACUUUUAUAAGUAAUUAAAAUAUGAUAAUAUUAUCAGUGGAAGACAAAUUUUUUAUAAAGGAAUUUAUUAUAAUGACGCAAAAGAAGGUUAGUGGGACAUUUUUUUUCGAAGUUACUUUGAUAGUCGUUUUAAAAAAAUGUAAACGCUUAUAAUACUCUUAGAGGAGGAGGUGUUUAUAACAGAGACAGAUAAAAAAAUGGAAAAUGGGUGGAGGAAAGUGAAAAUUUUUGGAAGUAAGAGUAAUGAAAUUAAUUUUAGUGGAUGCUAGAUUUUAGAAUAAGGAGAAUAUAAAAAUGGGUUAAAAAUUGGAAUUUGGGAGUCUCUAUUAAAGGAAUAUAAAGAUGAUCAUUAUAAAUUAAUGUAUAAUGUUUCAAAAUUAUUAUAUUCUUAGAUGUCUAGGAUGUUAUGACAAUGAUAUAAAAAAUGGAAAGUGGACUGAAAUUCUUGAAAAAUUUAUGAGGUAUAAUAUUAUUAUAGUUUUAUUCAUUCUAAACAUUAUGAAUGCAAAAUAAUAAAUGUAGGAAAUUAUAUUAAGGGUCUUAAAAUAGGAAGGUGGAAAAUUCUAGAUUAAUUAACUUAUAAUGUUAUGUAACAGAAUCGAAUCAUAUUGUAGUGGAGGAGGUGAUUUCGAUGAAUACGGAUAGAAAACAGGUAUUUGGCUAGAAGUAGAAGAUUAUAGAUAGUAAUAAAUAAAUUAUUAUUUUUAUUGUUUUAUAUCAAAGAUUUCAUUCGAAGGAAGAUAUAUAAACGGAAAAAAAGUUGGAAAAUGGCAAAUUAAUUAUUAUAAUUAGAUAAUGUAUUAUAAAAUUAGAUUAUUAUUUUUCAGAGGAGGAGGGAGCUAUAAUGAUAGAGGAUUAAAAUUUGGAUUAUGGAUNCAAUAAAUUCUGUUACAAAUUAUUUAAAAUAUGGAUCCGAUUCUAAAGAGAGAUAAAUUUUUAAUAAGGACUGGACAAUAAUAGAAGGAAGAGAAAGUUACAGGAUUUCAAAUUUAUUGUUAUUCUAAAAAGCAACUUUUAGUAUUUAAAUUACUGAAGAAGGAACUGUUAUUUAUUAAAAGGAUGGCUCUAUUCUUUUUAUGUAACUAUUAAACUAUAAUUUAGAGAUUACAAGGAUACUCUAAAUUAAACCAAAAAUUUAGAGUAAAUUAAAUAUUUAAGAUGGCAUGGUUAGUAUAAUAAUCUGUAAUAAAAAAUUGGAAAAUGGUAUGCUUUAUGGAAAGGUGAAAAUUUAGAAGCAGGAGGAUAUUAUUGCGAUUAAGGAUUAAAAACAGGUGAAUGGAUUGAACUUUUUGAAAAUUUUUGGGAGUAAUCUUAUCUAAAUUAAUAUAGCAAAUCAUAAGUAACUUUUAGAGGAUAAUAUUUUGAUGAUAUUAAACAAGGAAAAUGGUAAACAUAUUAUUUAGAUUAAAAAUUAAAAUAAAUCACCAAUAUGUAAGAAUGUAAAAUUAAAUCUUUAUAAGUGGUGGAGGCUAUUAUAAUUAAGUGGCUAUUAAAUAAGGGUAUUGGAUAGAGUUACAUAAGAACUUUUAUAAGUAAUUAAAAUAUGAUAAUAUUAUCAGUGGAAGACAAAUUUUUUAUAAAGGAAUUUAUUAUAAUGACGCAAAAGAAGGUUAGUGGGACAUUUUUUUUCGAAGUUACUUUGAUAGUCGUUUUAAAAAAAUGUAAACGCUUAUAAUACUCUUAGAGGAGGAGGUGUUUAUAACAGAGACAGAUAAAAAAAUGGAAAAUGGGUGGAGGAAAGUGAAAAUUUUUGGAAGUAAGAGUAAUGAAAUUAAUUUUAGUGGAUGCUAGAUUUUAGAAUAAGGAGAAUAUAAAAAUGGGUUAAAAAUUGGAAUUUGGGAGUCUCUAUUAAAGGAAUAUAAAGAUGAUCAUUAUAAAUUAAUGUAUAAUGUUUCAAAAUUAUUAUAUUCUUAGAUGUCUAGGAUGUUAUGACAAUGAUAUAAAAAAUGGAAAGUGGACUGAAAUUCUUGAAAAAUUUAUGAGGUAUAAUAUUAUUAUAGUUUUAUUCAUUCUAAACAUUAUGAAUGCAAAAUAAUAAAUGUAGGAAAUUAUAUUAAGGGUCUUAAAAUAGGAAGGUGGAAAAUUCUAGAUUAAUUAACUUAUAAUGUUAUGUAACAGAAUCGAAUCAUAUUGUAGUGGAGGAGGUGAUUUCGAUGAAUACGGAUAGAAAACAGGUAUUUGGCUAGAAGUAGAAGAUUAUAGAUAGUAAUAAAUAAAUUAUUAUUUUUAUUGUUUUAUAUCAAAGAUUUCAUUCGAAGGAAGAUAUAUAAACGGAAAAAAAGUUGGAAAAUGGCAAAUUAAUUAUUAUAAUUAGAUAAUGUAUUAUAAAAUUAGAUUAUUAUUUUUCAGAGGAGGAGGGAGCUAUAAUGAUAGAGGAUUAAAAUUUGGAUUAUGGAUUGAAAUAAAUGAUAAAGUUUGGGAGUUUAAUAUAUUAUCUAUUUAAUAAGAUAUUGGAAAGUGUUAUUUGUAGGAAAUUAUUAAGAAGGAAUUAAAAUAGGAAAUUGGGAAACUCUAAUUAGCAAAUAUUGUGAUGAUAAAUUGAAAAUGUUUGAUAUCAAUCUUUAAAUUUAGAGGUAAAGGAACCUACAACGAUAAUGGAAUGAAAAUUGGAUAAUGGACAGAACUUUCUGAAACAUUUUGUAAGUACACUUUAUGAUUAAAUUUAUUAGAGAUUCUUAAGUUGUUUAUAAAGGAUAAUAUUUAAACGGAAUUAAAUAUGGAGAAUGGAAUGCAUUCUUUACAACUGAUGUUAAAAAAUAAUAUAAGUUAAUGUAAAUAUUGUUAUCCAUAAUAAGUGGUGGUGGUUAGUUUGAUAGGAAUGGAGUAAAGUUUGGAAAAUGGAUAGAUUUGCAUGAAAAUUUUCAAUAGUUAAAUUAUCUAAAUAAUAUUAGCAACGAAUAAAUCAUAUAUAUAGGUUAAUAUUAAGAUGGAAUCAAAGAAUAAGAAUUUUAUUAGAAAAAAUUACAGUGA